AUGGCGGUAGAGCGGGCAGAGCUCGAGAAGGAGCGCAUCGCCCUGGUUGAAGAGAUGGGCCGAUUGGAAGAGGCCGGGAAGCUUUUGGUGACCCGUAUUGCCUCGGCCCGCGCAUCUUACGAGAAGUCAAUUCGUGAGGUGGCUGAGGAGCAGGAGGUGCUGGAGGAGACACACGACGAGGCCGUCGUCGCGCAGGAGAAGGCCAGCCACAUGGAGCGGUUUGCAACCGAGCGCGACCAGGCAUCCUGGAGGCGGGCCGCAGAGCUGCUUGCUCAGGAUCGGCAGCUGGCAUCCUGGGAGGAGGCGGCCAGGAAGAGGGAGGAGGCCGCGCGGGCUACCCAGGCAGACGUGGCCUGCCAGAAUGAUGAGCUUGAGCGUGGUCGCGCCGAAGUCCUCCGCCGGGAGGAGGAGGUCGCGGUACGCAAGACCGACAUCGAGAUAACGGCGGCGGCCCUUGAUGCCCAGGAGGAGUGCCUCGUGUGGCACGAGACGGAUGCUGCCUCGGCAUCCUCGGCCCUCACCGCUCGGGAGGAGCUGGUCGCCAAGCGGGAGGCCAACGCAGCCAGGCUCGGGCACUUGCACGUGGGCGAGCAGGGGCUGGACAAGGAGAUAAUCGGCCACCUCGCCCUCGGCUUUGCGGAGAUCGCCCAGCGCCUCGAGGCCCUUCCAGGCACAGUGCAGGAGCUGGCGUCCCUGGAGGGGUGUGCUCUGGCCCAAGCGGUGGCCGAGCACAUCCUCGCCUGCUAUUGCAGUCGAGACCCCGCCUUCCCGCUGGAGCCAGUCCGACAGGGCAUGGUCGAAGUCGAGGAAGCUGCUGCCCAGGAAGCCAUCCGCGACAUCGCUGCCGAGGUGGCGGCAUGUUUUAUGCGGGAGCGAGAGCCAGAGCCGGAGCCGGAACCGAGCGUCGACGACAGCAGCGAUGUGUCCUCGCCUCCGCCGGAGCCUGCAGAUAGUUAG